AUUAAUGCAUUAGCGGAGUAAAACUUAGACUAAAUGCAUUAAAUGCAGGUUUUGUGACAUCAAGUGCAAACAGUGCAGAAUAUUCAAAUUUUUUCUAAGUAGUCUACAGACGGUGCCACUAUUAGUGCUUGCUGGAUAUCGAUUUCAUUAGUUUCGACUAUGGGUCGAAUGUAGACCGAAUUUGAACUUGUAAUCGAAUAAGCAAUUAUUGUGCAGCGAAAGUUUUUGUGCGGAGAAAACUAUUACGAAUGAAACAAGCCAGCGUUAUACAAAAGAUCGAAAUGGUGGUUACUUAACACGGUGGAACCCUCUGCCCCAGUUUAGACAUUCGCAAUUCAAUUAGGCUAAGCUAUAUAGGUGACUGACAACAUCAUGUGCGUAUCGAAAUUACACGGAUUCUGUUCGCAAUGGCGCAGCUGGAUCCGACCACUGCUAGUCGUGGCCUACGUGUUGUUUGUCAUCAUCGUGCUUCCGCUACUGAUUGUAAACUCCGUCAAGGAUGGCUUCACUCGAAAGGAUCAACUUAUCCUGAUAGGGGGCCUGUUUGUCAUUGCGGCCAUUCCGAUCUCGAUCUGGCAAAUUACACAACAUAUCGUGCAUUUCCAUAAGCCAAUUCUUCAGAAACACAUCAUCAGAAUUCUUUGGAUGGUUCCUAUAUACGCAUUAAACGCCUGGCUUUGUCUGCUGUUCCCUCAGCAUGCCAUCUAUAUGGACAGUAUUCGCGAGUGCUACGAGGCGUACGUAAUCUACAAUUUUAUGAAAUAUCUGCUAAACUAUCUUAAUCUGGAGAUGGAUCUGGAGCGAACGCUGGAGUACAAACCACCGGUGAGGCACGUUUUCCCCCUGUGCUGGAUGACGCCAUGGCCACCGGGUAGAGACUUUGUGCACAACUGCAAGCACGGCAUCUUGCAGUACACCGUGGUUCGACCGAUCACGACCUUUGUGGCCUACAUUUGUGAGGUCAACGGUGUCUACGGAGAAGGUAUAUUUGAAACGGACGUGGCUUUCCUCUACAUAGUGGCCAUCAACAAUUGCUCCCAGUUUAUCGCCAUGUACUGUUUGGUGUUAUUUUACAAAGCUAAUAGGGACGAGCUAAAACCAAUGCAACCGUUACCAAAGUUUUUCUGCAUCAAGGCGGUAAUUUUCUUCUCGUUUUUCCAAGGGGUGAUCAUCUAUGGUCUUGUCUAUUACGGUAUCAUCAAAGAUAUUUUUGGAUCUGAAAGCAGCGAUGAUCCCAAGGUGCUUUCGUCGAAACUGCAAAAUUUCCUGAUUUGCAUCGAAAUGUUCCUGGCAGCAUUGGCACAUCAUUACAGCUUUUCCCACAAACCGUACGUACGAAAUUUCCCUGUAAGUAAUUUGGAGAGUGGUCUGAACAGCAGCAUCAACGGAAAUAACAGCGGAUCGUGGUACAGUGCUUUGCUGAAUAUGCUAGAUAUAUCGGAUGUUCAUCAGGACGUCAGCGAACAUUUAGGAGUGGUAGGCAGUUCAUUGAGUAGACGCUUGAGAGGUCGUACAACUUAUCAUAUGCCCCGAGAAGGCAGUGGCUUAUGUGAUGCCGGUUCCGAACGGGAAUACCUAGUGCCAUCUGCUAGCGGUCCAAGCAGUCCUCGAGCGGGUCAAUGUUAUCAGAGUGGAAUAAGCUACUCGGGAGGACAAAUGCAUUCGAACCUUCCGAAAUUGGCACCGAACCGCUACGGAACAUUAGACAGCGGCAUCAGUAUAGUAAAACCAAAAGUGGAAAAGCUGGUGGAAACACCGAACGAAGGUGCUCCCAAAGUGGUGAACAUUUUCAGUCAGUUCCAGAAUUCCAAAAACCUCAACCUAAUGCUGGCCAGGACGCCCAGUUUUGACAAUCUGACAUCCUCGAGCAGCUCUAACCAGAAAGCACUCGCUACGGGUGGUAGUGGACGCACAUCCGGUACGGCAACGAACAACACGACGACUUCCACCACCUCGGACGCCAAUCUGAGAAAAUCGGAUAGUAACAAUAGUGACUGGCUCAGCACUCCCGAUGAAGAUCUUGGGAUCGAUGUCAAGGGCCUGAGUAACGAUCGAAUCAACUACCAUCCGGACCGGAAGGCUUAAAUAGGCUAGGACGAAAACGAAAACGUUGGCAAAUCUCGUACACUGUGGUUAAGCUUUUUUUUUCUAUAGUAAAAUUUAUACAGAUCAUAUUUCAAAGUUUAUUGGCAAUCAAAAAAGAAAACGAAGUAUUUUGCUCGUGGGUGUGAUUGUGCUUAGUCAAUAUCUUUAUAUUUUAUAUAUCUGUGUUAUUUAAGAUUUAGUUAGGAUCAAUAAUCGAGCUUUCCAUUUUUUCGUUUACAAUUUGAACGCGUUGUCAAUCAUCAGCAAGUAUUCAUAAAUUAUAAUAACCUUUUCGAAAAUAGCUUAGUUCAAUUCAUUCAAUUUGUAAAAUAUGAAACUUGCAUGCGGCGUUGGACGCCGAUAAUGAUAUCUGCUUAUCAGAAUUCCAUCAUAAGAAAAUUUAUUUGCGCUUUUCAUUAGUUCAUGAAACGAAUUUAGACUCAAAAAAAAAACAGCGAAAACACUGCGUAUAGUCGUAAUACACCAUCAAACUAAACUAGCCAAUCGCUUAUAAUUGAGUGGAGAUUGAAAUAGGCAACGUUUCUUUAGUAUUGUUGCAUAACAAUAUGUGAUGAGAUAAAAUUAUAGUUUUUAAAAUCUAAUAGGUUACCUAUUUGUCUGAUACAAUAAAAUGCU